GGCUUUACGUCACUGAGGUGCGACCGGGUCGGGGCCGAGUCGCGGACGCCCGCCGGGCUGAGCUGUGGGCCGAGGCGGCGCUGCCGCGGUCGCUGGGUACGCGAUGCCUUGAACCUGGGAAACUAUGUGAAGCAACACUUUCUGGAUUUUGAAAGACAUCAUUUCAUCAUGGGACAGCAAAUUUCGGAUCAGACACAGUUGGUUAUUAGCAAGUUACCAGAAAAAGUAGCAAAACAUGUCACAUUGGUUCGAGAGAGUGGCUCCUUAACUUAUGAAGAAUUUCUUGGGAGAGUAGCUGAGCUUAAUGAUGUAACUGCUAAAGUGGCUUCUGGCCAGGAAAAACAUCUUCUCUUUGAGGUACAACCUGGGUCUGAUUCCUCUGCUUUUUGGAAAGUGGUUGUACGGGUGGUCUGUACCAAGAUUAACAAAAGCAGUGGCAUUGUAGAGGCAUCACGGAUCAUGAAUUUGUACCAGUUUAUUCAACUUUAUAAAGAUAUCACAAGUCAAGCAGCAGGAGUAUUAGCACAAAGCUCCACCUCUGAAGAACCUGAUGAAAGCUCAUCCUCUGUAACAUCUUGUCAGGCUAGUUUUUGGAUGGGAAGGGUAAAGCAGCUGACCGAUGAGGAGGAGUGUUGUAUCUGUAUGGACGGGCGAGUUGACCUCAUCCUGCCUUGUGCUCACAGCUUUUGUCAGAAGUGUAUUGAUAAAUGGAGUGAUCGACACAGGAAUUGCCCUAUUUGUCGCCUACAGAUGACUGGAGCAAAUGAAUCUUGGGUGGUAUCAGAUGCACCCACUGAAGAUGAUAUGGCUAACUAUAUUCUUAACAUGGCUGACGAGGCAGGCCAGCCCCACAGGCCGUGACCUUGGAGUGAAGGUCUUCUAUUGCUAUUGUAGGCUACAAAUAUUUGAUCAUGGGGGAAGAAUGCAAGGUUGUGGCACAGACACAGAAAAAUCAAUUUUCCCCACCCUUUUAUUUUUGCUACUCUGAUCAUUUGUCCCACUUUAAAAAAUAAACCUCCCAUGUCUUCCAUUUAUGGUAAACUAAAAUUUGCUACUGUUUUAGACCAUAUUUUCCUAUUAUUUACCUGUUCAAAUUUGUAUUACAACUAAUUCCUCCUGAAUUCUUUGCUAAAGGUAAAAGCAACACCUCCAGAGGCUUCUGAAACACUACUGUUUUGUGGGGCAGGAGUAUUCUGGAAUCUUUUUAGUUAGCUAUAAAAUAAACCUCAAAUAUUAAAAAGUUGUAGCCAUCUGAGAGAGGAAAUUUUAAGUGACUGAAAAUGUAGAAUACAUCAAAGUGCAUGUUACUACUUAAAACUAGUGUUUCUGCUGGAAUCUAAGGAGUAUAUAUGCCCCCUUGUGGUUAAUUAUUGCUCCUUUAAUAAUUUUUACUUGAAAUGAUCCACAAUUAUUUCAUAACUUGAGCAGUGUGUUUUGGAACUACUGUACUUAAAGAUUUUUUUGUUUGUUUUUGCCAUACUGUAUAAUUUGGGUGAGGCCUGUGAAGUUGGGUGUGACUUUCCCUUGCAAAUGGAUUUCUCCUGGGGAAUUUUCUUGGCUGUUCUGGAAAUGCUUUCCCACAGCUGCGUAACUGUUCAAAAUGGCUUUGAUAAUGCUCACACAUCUCGGAGUUUCAGAAGGAAACUUUUCUGCAUCACAAAUACUAAAUUUUGUAUUUCUAAAUUAUUAUAAGUCAUUUAAUAUUGGUUUAUGGUGCUUUUUUCCCCCCUUAACUUGAAAACAUCUUUCUGAGAUUUCAGGGUCCUCAAAUUUCAUAGAUUAAGAGACAAGAGGCCAGCAUGGUGGCUCAUACCUGUAUUCCGAGCACUUUGGGAGGCCAAGGCGGGUGCAUCACUUGAGGUUAGUAGUUCAAAACCAGCCUGGCCAACAUGGUGAAACCCUGUCUCUACUAAGAUACAAAAACUAGCUCAGUGUGGUAGCAAGCACCUGUGAUCUCAGCUACUCGAGAGGCUGAGGCAGGAGAAUCACUUGAACCUGGGAGGUGGAGGUUGUAAUGAGCCAAGAUUGUGCCACUGCAUGGCAGCCUGGAAGACAGAGCAAUUAAAAAAAAAAAAAAAAAAAAAGACAAGAAAAUAGAGUGAUGCUUUUUUACUGUAUAUACAUAAAAUAUGUCUGAAAAUUAGAAGAUAAUUUGGCAUUCUUGCUGUUUCACUGUACUUCCAUUGAAAUAUUCUCUCCAUUAAAAUAGUGUAAAAGAAUAUAGUAAUAAUGGAAUUGUGAUCUUCAGUCGCAACUUAACCUUUUUGGCUUAUCAACUAAAUUUCUAACAUUAACAUUUUGGCACGUCAUUAGGGCCUGCCUCCUUUAAAAUUUAACAUUCCACGUAACUUUUCUGACUUCUUCAUAAGUUGCAAAUAUUACUAUUUUCCUAAACCAGGGUACACAAUUUAAGUUGCCACUGAUUGAUGACAGAAUUUUUGGAUAAUAGGAUUUUAAUAGGCAAGCAAAUAAAAUUAAAUCAAUUUCAAGGAAAAACAUCUGAUAUUUCAAGGUAGCUUGAAAUUUCAAAUUCCAAGGUGGCUUGAUCUUGCCCCAAAAAAUGCUGAAGACAAAUCCAUUGACAUUCAUAAUAGGAUAGUUAAAUACCAAAUAGCUAACUACUCCCUAUGGAGGUUUAUGCAAGCAGAGUACCCGGGGUUCCAUCAUAUCAACCUGGCAAUGCACUUGGUGGUUAUGUGACCUUGAGAAAGUCUCUUACUGUUUGUAGGUUCCUACUUUAGAAACUGAGACUUUGUGGUUUUCCCACUAUGUCAGCAGUAAAAACUUUUUUCUUUUUCCAAGGAAAAUCUUAACACACAUGCAUACACACACAUCCUACCCCCCCAUAUAAAAGUCAUAUUUUAUUAUAAAUUUCCUUAUUAUAUAAACUUUAUAUACUAUAAAUAUGAUUAAGUCAACCAAUAAAGACACAUUAAUGCAUUGGUAAUAGCCAGUAUGUUUGAAUUUAAUGAGUAACACAUUUGUAUAAUGGGAGUUUUUUUUUAAAAAACAAAAAUUAAUUCAAGUCAAAUUUGCAGAACCCUGUGUCUCCUCCAUAGAUUCCUGGUAUUCCAUGGAACAUAUUUUGAAAACUUUGGGAUAGAUGAUCCACUGGGAUCUUUUCCAGCUCAAAGAUUUUAAAUUAUCCUUUUGGAUUAGACUUGCUGAGUUUAAUUCAGAUUGCCUCAUUUUAAAAUGUUUUUGAAACGUCAACAAAGUUAGCUUACAGAGUUUUGCAUCUUUCCAGGAAUAGCCAAUGAUUUUAUCACCGAGAAUCCUUCACCUUUCAAGGAAUUAUUUAACAAUGAGACAAGUGACUCAACAGGGCCCAAACCUUAUUAUUUUACAAUAUGAGCUCCAAGACACACACUGAUCUACUGUGAAUAUAAAAUAUUAUUAGCCUUAUCAAAUAUCCAAUAAAUGAGCACAGCUGUUUGUUUGCUCUAUUAAACUGGGUGAUAAUUCUUUAGAUGUGACUGUUAGGUAGGAUCUACUGUAAUAACUAAUCGUAAAAGUUGUAAAUUUGUUUGAUGGAUGAAAUGUACACUUUUUGUAUUCUGUACAGCUUUGUCUUUUUUAAAUAUGAAGUACUUAAAAGUACUUACUAUAAUAGGAAAUAUAAUGUGUGCCUUCUAGGAUUUGUGGUUUCAUGAACUCUAAGGAAUUUGUUUUAUAAGUUAUAAAGUUUUCCCUAUCCUAACUCAGUAAUAGAGGAUUUACUCUGAUCACGUAUAGAACCUUGGUUUGAGAAAAUGAAUUUGACUAUGUACUGAAUUUUGAGGUUGAGAAUAAUAGUAUCUAUGUUAUUCUUAGGACCACUGAUAAAUUAUGCAAUAAAUAAUCUUUCGCAAGUAAUUUUA